AUGACGGUCCCGCGGAGGGGAGGGUACGAGAGGCGGGACCAAAGUCUUCCCCGCUUCUCGGCGCUGGCGAGUCCGGGACUAGGGCUGGAGAGAUCGCCGGGGAUCAUCGUCACCACUCCUGCACGGAGCCUCGCCUGGCCGAAUACUGCACAGUGCACACGUCGGGAUUGCAAAACAUUCCUGAGAAAUAUACCUGCUAUUUAUGGCAUGUGGCUGGUAACUUUACUCCUGCUGUAUUCUUUUCAAGAAGUGCACAGCGAGGAUGUGGUCUCAACGCGGCUGUACUUUGUGAAUGCUUCCCUGCAGAGAGUGACCUUCUCCAGCUCAGUGGGGGUGUCCCUGCCCUGUCCUGCGGGUGGCGCCCCCCAUGCCGUCCUCCGCUGGUACCUGGCCACCGGCGACGACAUCUACGACGUGCCACACAUCCGCCAUGUUCACGCCAAUGGCACGCUGCAGCUCUACCCCUUCUCCCCCUCUGCCUUCAACAGCUUCAUUCAUGAUAAUGACUACUUCUGCACUGCCGAGAACCAGGCCGGCAAGAUCCGCAGCCCUAGCAUCCGUGUCAAAGCAGUGUUCAGGGAACCUUACACGGUUCGCGUGGCGGACCAAAGGUCCAUGCGGGGCAACGUGGCCGUCUUCAAGUGCCUCAUCCCCUCUGCUGUGCAGGAGUACGUCAGUGUGGUGUCCUGGGAAAAGGACACCGUCUCCAUCGUCCCAGGUAACAGGUUUUUCCUGACGUCAUAUGGGGCCCUCUACAUAUCUGACGUUCAGAAAGAGGACGCCCUCUCUACCUACCGCUGCAUCACCAAGCACAAAUACAGCGGAGAAACCAGGCAGAGCAAUGGAGCUCGUCUGUCUGUGCUGGACCCCACUGAAACCCCGCCUUCUGUGAUGGACAGUUUCCAGUCAGGAGAAUUACAAGUGGGGCGAAGCAUAGAGUUGCCCUGUAUCGCCUCCGGUUACCCCAACCCCACCAUCCGCUGGUUGAAAGAUGGGAGGCCACUUCCUGCAGACUCCCGCUGGACACGGCGACUGACCGGCCUCACAAUCAGCGACCUCCGUCUGGAAGACUCUGGAAACUACAUCUGUGAAGUCACCAACAGCUUUGGCUCCAAAGAGGUCACAGGACACCUUAAUGUCAUCGAACCUCUGAGAGUCACAUUAUCCCCCAAGAACCUGAAAACAGGCAUCAGCAGCACAGUGAUUCUGUCCUGUGCCGUUCAGGGCUCGCCCCACUUCACCGUCUCCUGGUUCCGCAACACAGAACCCAUCGUGCCUGACCAGCACUUCUCCAUCCAGGGAGCCCACAAUGAAACUCUCUUCAUCACGGCAGCCCAAAAAAGACACUCAGGGGCAUAUCAGUGCUUUGCCACCCGCAAGGGUCAGACCGCACAGGACUUCUCCAUCAUACUACUUGAGGACGGCACCCCACGGAUCGUCUCGUCUUUCAGUGAGCGCGUAGUAGCCCCUGGCGAGCCCUUCUCUCUCAUGUGCGCGGCCAAAGGCGCUCCACCCCCCACUAUCACCUGGACGCUGGACGACGAGCCGGUAGCGCGGGACUCGGCGCACCGGGCCAGCCAGUACACGCUCUCCGACGGCUCCACUGUCUCGCACGUCAACGUCACAAACCCCCAGAUCCGGGACGGGGGCGUGUACCGCUGCGCCGCACGCAACUCGGCCGGUAGCGCCGAGUACCAAGCGCGCAUAAACGUAAGAGGUCCUCCCAGUAUCCGGGCCAUGCGGAAUAUCACAGCUGUGGCCGGUCGCAACACUUUCAUUAACUGUCGUGUGAUUGGUUACCCCUAUUACUCCAUCAAGUGGUUUAAAGACGGCACAACGCCGUUGCCAGACAACCAUCGUCAGGUGGUGUAUGAGAAUGGCACUCUGAAGUUGAGUGAUGUGCAGAAGGGUACGGAUGAGGGGGCGUAUCUGUGCAGCGUGCUCAUCCAACCCCAGCUCUCCAUUAGCCAGACCGUCUACGUCACAGUCAAAGUUCCUCCCCUCAUCCAGCCCUUUGACUUCCCUCCUACCUCCAUCGGUAAGCUGAUGUACAUAGCUUGUGUGGUGUCCUCCGGAGACAUGCCAAUCCGAAUCACCUGGAGGAAGGAUGGGCAGGAGAUCGUGUCAGGAACAUCAGGAGUCACCAUCGAAACCAAGGAGUUCAUGAGCUCCCUUCAGAUCUCUAAAGUUUCGUUGCAGCACAAUGGAAACUACACCUGUAUUGCCAGCAAUGAUGCAGCAACUGUCAGUUCAGAGAGACAACUCAUAGUAACAGUUCCCCCUGGUUUUCGGGUUCAGCCCAAUAACCAAGAUGGGAUCUACGGCAAGUCAGAAGUUCUGAACUGCUCUGUGGAAGGGUACCCUCCUCCCAAAGUUGUCUGGAAGCAUGCCAAAGGUAUAGGGAACCCCCAGCAAUACCAUCCAGUUCCAUUGACGGGUCGCAUCCAGAUCUUGUCCAAUGGUUCUCUGCUGAUCCGCCAUGUUUUAGAGGAAGACCGGGGAUACUACCUGUGUCAGGCCAGCAACGGAGUGGGGUCCGACAUCAGCAAGAGCAUGAUGCUCACUGUUAAAAUUCCAGCUAUGAUCACAUCCCACCCAAACACUACCAUGGCCAUAAAGGGGCAAAACAAGGAGUUAAACUGUACCGCCCGAGGUGAGUACCCCAUCAUCAUUCGCUGGGAGCGAGGCGACACCGUUAUUGACCCUGACCGCAACCCUCGGUACUCCAUCACUACCAACCCCAACGAGAAAAGCGAUGAAGUUAUCUCCACACUGAAGCUGAAGCCAGCGGAGCGAGGGGAUUCCGUCUUUUUUUCCUGCCACGCCAUCAACUCAUACGGCGAGGGCCGAGGGCUCAUCCAGCUGACGGUGCAAGAACCCCCUGAUCCCCCAGAGCUGGAGGUUCGAGAGGUCAAAGAUCGCAGUAUGAACCUGAGGUGGACGCAGCGGUUCGACGGCAACAGCAUCAUCACCAGCUACGACAUCGAGUACAAGAACAAAUCUGACCCAUGGGAGCUGAAACAUGCCACCCGUAAGAUCUCGCCCACCAACAACCAGGCCAACAUAGUGGAGCUCCACCCGGCGUCCGUGUACAGCAUUCGCAUGUACUCCUACAACAAGAUUGGACGCAGUCAAGCCAGCAAAGAGCUGACCAUCAGCACAGAGGAAGCACCUCCUGAUGGGCCACCCAUGGAUGUGAUUUUACAGCCAAUGACCUCUCAGAGUAUUCGUGUGACCUGGAAGGCACCUAAAAAAGAGCUCCAGAAUGGAGUGAUCCGUGGCUAUCAGAUCGGUUAUAGGGAGAAUGGACCGGGCAGUAAUGGACAGUACAGUAUCGUGGAGAUGAAAGCCACAGGUGAUAGUGAGGUGUACACCCUGGACAACUUGAAAAAGUUUGCUCAGUAUGGUGUGGUGGUCCAGGCAUUCAACCGAGCCGGAACCGGACCUUCCAGCUCUGAGAUCAAUGCUACAACACUUGAAGAUGUUCCGAGCCAGCCACCCCAGAAUAUACGGGCCAUCACGGUGACAUCAGACGAGGCGGUGAUCACGUGGUCCGAGCCCCCACGGAUGACCCUUAACGGGGUUCUGAAGGGCUACCGUGUGGUGUUCUGGUCCCUCUACCCCGAUGGAGAAUGGGGAGAGAUGCAGAACAUCACUACCACUCGUGAGCAGGUGGAGCUGAAGGGUUUGGAGAAGUUCACAAACUACAGCAUUCAGGUCCUGGCCUACACACAGGCAGGAGAUGGCGUCCGCAGCAACGUACUCUACAUACAGACCCGAGAAGACCACCCCGGCCCUCCAGCUGGCAUCAAAGCAGUGCCAUCCUCUGCCACCAGUGUGGUGGUAUCCUGGCUUCCCCCCAUCAAGCCCAAUGGUAUCAUCCGAAAAUACACAAUUUACUGUUCCAGCCCUGGAUCGGGCCAACCGGCACCCAGCGAAUACGAAGCCAACCCUGAGCUGCUGAUAUACAGAAUCACCCACCUGACCCGGGGUAAGCAGUAUCUGAUCUGGGCAGCCGCCGUUACCACUGCUGGUCGAGGAAACAUCAGCGAGAAGGUGACUGUGGAGCCUGCUGGGAAAGCUCCUGCUAAAAUCCUGUCUUUUGGAGGAACGGUGACCACUCCAUGGAUGAAGGAAGUCCGGUUGCCGUGCAGCUCAGUGGGAGAACCAACACCCACCAUCAAAUGGACCAAAGACAGUGAGGACACCGCCAUCCCAGUCACUCAAGAUGGUCACCGGAAUAUUCUUUCAAAUGGUACCCUGGCGCUGCGCUCUGUGAAAGCCGAGGAUUCUGGGUACUACACCUGCACGGCCACCAACACACUGGGGUUUGACACAAUCAUCGUAAACCUGCUGGUGCAAGUGCCUCCAGAUCAACCACGUUUAACAGUUUCCACCACGUCCACGUCUUCAAUCACUCUGGCUUGGAUCCCUGGAGACAAUGGAGGAAGUUCCAUCAGAGGUUUUGUGCUGCAGUAUUCAGUAGAUAACACUGAGGAGUGGAAGGAUGUCUUCAUUAGCUCUAGUGAACGUUCUUUCAAGUUGGACAACCUGCGCUGUGGUACCUGGUACAAAGUCAAACUUGCUGCAAAAAACAGUGUGGGAGCUGGUCGCAUCAGCGAGAUCAUUGAGGCCAAGACUCACGGCAGAGAGCCACAGUUCAAUAAGGACCAGCCCCUUUUCACUCACAUCAACUCCACCCAUGCCCGACUUAACCUGCAGGGCUGGACGAGUGGCGGCUGCCCCAUCACUGCAGUCCUGCUAGAGUUCCGCCCCAAAGGCACCUGGGCCUGGCAGAGCGUGCGCACCAACGCCUCAGCUGACAUCUUCCUUGCCGAGUUGCGUGAGGCCACUUGGUAUGAGCUAAAAAUGAAGGCGUGCAACAGCGCUGGGUGUGGAAACCAGAGCUCCCAGUUUGCCACGCUGGAUUAUGACGGCAGCACUAUUCCGCCUAUUAAGUCAGCAAGAGGGGAAGGGGAUGAUGUUAAAAAGCUUUUCUCUAUCGGCUGCCCUGUCAUCCUGGUCACGUUGGGCAUGGCCCUACUCUUCAUUAUUCGCAAGAAACGCAAAGAAAAGAGACUCAAGAGACUUAGAGAUGCUAAGAGCUUGGCUGAGAUGCUAAUCAGUAAGAACAAUCGAAGUUUUGACACUCCAGUGAAAGGCCCACCUCAGGGACCUCGACUGCACAUAGAUAUCCCCCGCGUGCAACUGCUCAUCGAGGAUAAAGAGGGAAUCAAACAGAUAGGUGAAGACAAGGCCACCAUCCCUGUGACGGACACGGAGUUCAGCCAAUCAGUGAACCCUCAAAGCUUCUGUACGGGCGUGUCUGUGCAUCACCCCGCCCUCAUCCAGAACACAGGCCCAUUGAUUGACAUGUCAGACAUCAGGCCGGGCACCAAUCCAGUAUCGAGGAAGAGUGUGAAGUCUGCGCACAGCACGAGGAACCGCUAUUCCAGCCAGUGGACUCUGACUAAAUGCCAGGCGUCCACACCUGCUCGCACUCUCACCUCAGACUGGCGGACAGUGGGCUCCCAGCAUGGCAUUACGGUCACAGAGAGUGACAGCUACAGCGCCAGUCUGUCCCAGGACACAGAUAAGGGACGAAACAGUAUGGUGUCCACAGAGAGUGCGUCUUCCACAUACGAGGAGCUGGCCCGAGCGUAUGAACAUGCUAAGCUGGAGGAGCACCUGCAGCACGCCAAGUUUGAGAUCACCGAGUGCUUCAUCUCUGACAGCUCCUCUGAUCAGAUGACCACCGGCACCAAUGAUAACGCGGAUAGCAUGACCUCUAUGAGCACACCAUCCGAACCGGGCAUCUGUCGCUUCACUGCCUCCCCGCCCAAACCACAGGACUAUGAUCGCGGCAAAAACGUGGCAGUGCCCAUUCCCCACCGCGCCAACAAGAGUGAGUACUGUAACCUCCCCCUCUACAUGAAGACAGACCCUUUCUUCCGGAAACAGGUGGAGCUGCACGACCCCUGCCCUGUGGUCCCACCCCGCGAGGCCUCCAUCCGGAGCCUUGCCGCCCGGGCCUACCAUACACAGGGCCGCCACAUGACAUUAGACCCCUCAAAGCAGCAGGCCCUGACACUGAGCCACGGCGGCCUGAGCAGCCUGACCAGCUCAGGGGCCUCUGGUACGUCGGGCCCAGCUUCAAGCGGGGCUGCUGGGAGCUCCAGCAUCAGCUCAGGCACGGCCACCCUGCCCCAGAGGACUCUCACAAUGCCCAGCACCUCCUCCACCUCCUUGGCCCCAAGCGGGGCAGUCGCCGCUGGAGCAGGAGCCAGCACGAGCGCCACGGGAGGCAACGGCCCGACGCCUGGCAGUUCCAAGGUCGGGGGAUCCAGAGACUCUCUGCUAGAGAGCAGCUCGUCUGGCCUGGGCAGACUGCAAAAGCAGAAUGCUGGGGCGUACUCCAAAUCCUACACUCUGGUGUAGCUCACACACACACACGUAUACGCAUACAGUACGUUCACACACACAUCUGGAGUCUGGGCAGGGGCGGAAAUGAACAAUAGCGGGACAGGGGUCUCUCUCUCUUUUCCUCUCGAUUACCUUUUUCUGCAUUCCUUUUUUAUUCUUCUGCUCAAGCUUUUUUUUAUCUGGCCUUCUCCAGGAUUAAAUAUGCCAAACCCCAGGACCUUUUCCCCAAUUUUGCCCUUUUUUUGUCUUAUGUUUUGUCCUUCUCUCUUGCUUUCUUCCCCACUCUCCUUUCACUUCUCUCUGCCGAAGACACCUUGGACCUUAUGCACGAAAUGCUUUCCAUGUGCGCUUGUUUGAUUUCUCAACUUCAGAAAAUAGGGAAAAAAACGGUUUUAAGAGAUACAUUGUUUCACAUUAACCUGUCUAGAUGUUUCUAGGCUGUCAAAAAAAGUGUCUCUUUUUAUGUCUCUCAUACUGCAACGCAUUGCCUCGGAAAGCUUAUGCAUAAACAAAUCCACCACGGUGUCCACCUUCCGCCCCUCCUGAUCCACAAUGGUCUGGAAAAACAGCUCGAAGACGAAAGUCUCGACCGCCUGAAUUGAGUCUUUGGGAUUUUUUCAUGCAAUUGAUGACACAGUAUAGAGUGUUAUUGACUAUUUUGUAAACAAACAAGAAAAAAAAAUGU